AGUGAGAAAUUGAUCUUGAAUAAUUUGCCCACUGCAAUUACUGUAUGUAUGCAGAAGAAGUACACAAUAACCUAGGAAAAAAAAUUCGAAUUUCAUAAAUAUAAUAAACAUGUAAGAGAUGUUAAAUUGAGAAAAUGAGACUAAUUCAUAUCAUCAUAGCGUUGAGCGUUUUUAUAACCUCAAUAGCAGCCAGUUUAAAAAAUGCGACUGUCUUGAUAGCCGUCUUGGUUAGAAACAAGGAACAUACGUUGCCUUAUUUCCUUUCGAGUCUGGAAAGACUUAAUUAUGACAAAAAUAGAAUAUCACUGUGGAUCAGAAGUGAUCAUAAUUUUGAUAAAAGUAUCGUUAUAUUAAGAACAUGGAUUAAGUCAGUAAAAGAAUCCUAUCAUUCUAUUUACACUGAAUUUGAAGAAGGUACAAGCAAGUUUUCAGAUGAAAAUAAUGUCGCCCACUGGUCUAAUGAAAGGUUUUCGCACAUAAUAAGCACCAGGGAAUCAGCUUUGAACCAUGCAAGGCAUAUUUGGGCUGAUUUUUUACUGUUUAUCGAUGCAGACGUAUUCCUAACAAACCGAGAUACGCUUAAUUAUCUGAUUAAAAAGAACGCCAUAGUAGUCGCGCCGAUGCUAUUAUCGGAUGGUCUAUAUUCGAAUUUCUGGCACGGGAUGGACGAAAACUACUACUACCUCAGAACCGACGGCUACAGGCCCAUACUAAACAGGGACAACGUCAGCUGCUACGAAGUGCCCAUGGUGCAUUCGUGCGUCUUGAUAAAUCUGAGAACGGCCGAAUCGGAUCACUUAACCUAUAGACCCGACAAAAUACCAAACUACGACGGUCCCAACGACGACAUAAUUGCGUUCGCUCUGUCCGCGAGACACAACAACAUAUCUCUGAACGUCUGUAACGAAGAGGUGUUCGGCUACAUCACCGCGCCCAUGGACCAAACCGAUGACGUUUCCUACGAUUACGAACAAUUGAGGAACAUUUUGCUCAAGGUGGUGGAUUCGGGUGAGCCACUUCACUUGAACGACAUACUCGCAAAGUUCGUUCGGUUGCCGACCAAGGACACGUUGCAAUUCGACCAAAUCUUCAUGAUAAACUUGCGCCGUAGGACGGACAGAAGAAAGAGAAUGCAGUAUUGUUUCGACGUUUUGGGGCUGGACGUUUCUACAGUGGACGCUGUCGAUGGCAGGGCCCUGAACGAGAGCUUCUUGGAGAGUAUCGCUUUCAUGCCAGAAUUUUUCGAUCCAUAUCACAAACGACCGAUGAAGCUCGGCGAAAUCGGCUGUUUUCUCAGCCAUUACCACAUUUGGCAAGACGUGGUCGACAAGAAAUACGAGUCCGUUUUGGUUCUCGAAGACGAUAUACGGUUCGAGCCAUUUUUCCGCUUCAAUGUCCAAAAUGUUAUGGACGAAGUCAAUCGGAUAGCGGAUUGGGAUUUGGUGUAUUUCGGCAGAAAGCGGUUACAAGACCAACACGAGCCUUGGCACCCCGGAUCAAAUUAUCUCGUUGAAGUUGGUUACUCUUAUUGGACCCUCGGCUACGCGUUGAGUUUGCGAGGGGCCAAAAAACUUUUGGAUGCCGAUCCUCUUUCGAAACUGGUUCCCGUCGACGAAUACCUGCCGAUUAUGUUCGACAAGCAUCCCCAAGAGAGCUGGAAGCGUCACUUUCCCGAUCGAAAUCUCGUGGCUUUCUCCACGGCUCCGUUAUUGCUUUACCCGACUCAUUACACCGGCGAAAAGGGAUACGUGAGCGAUACCGAAGAUUCGGUGGUAAUACCCGAGGUUUUUGUUGAGAGAUUCAAGGAUGAUUUAUGACGUGAUUUUUGUAACCAAAGAGGAGCAACAUUUUUUAUGUGCCAUGACGUAUUUUAAGACCGCAAGACCGACUAACCGCGUAACAAU